GGAGGAGCCUCGUCCACUUGGAGCGGCGUUGGGUUUCCUAGAGGACCUUGGUGAGGUUUGGAACAGUCAAGGGUCUCAAAUUUGCACAAGACACAUCCAACCAUGUCGGACGCGGUGGUCAGUUUCAUGAAGGACUUUUUGGCCGGUGGCAUCGCCGCAGCCAUCUCCAAAACAGCCGUUGCUCCUAUUGAGAGAGUCAAGUUGUUGCUGCAGGUCCAGCAUGCCAGCAGACAGAUCACCGUGGAGAUGCAGUACAAAGGCAUCAUGGACUGCGUGGUCAGGAUCCCGAAGGAGCAGGGCUUCAUUUCCUUCUGGAGAGGCAACCUGGCCAACGUGAUCCGCUACUUCCCCACCCAAGCCCUGAACUUCGCCUUCAAAGACAAGUACAAGAAGGUCUUCCUCGGUGGAGUGGAUCAAAAGACACAGUUCUGGCGCUACUUCGCCGGCAACCUGGCAUCCGGCGGUGCCGCCGGCGCGACCUCGCUCUGCUUCGUCUACCCGCUCGACUUCGCCAGAACACGACUCGCCGCCGACAUUGGUAAGGGCACAGCCGAGAGGGAGUUCACCGGCCUUGGUAACUGCAUCAGCAAGAUCUACAAAACCGAUGGGCUCAAGGGUCUCUACCUCGGGUUCAACGUGUCCGUUCAGGGCAUCAUCAUCUACAGAGCGGCCUACUUCGGAUGCUUCGACACAGCUAAAGGCAUGUUGCCAGAUCCCAAGAACACGCACAUCGUCAUCACCUGGAUGAUUGCACAGACUGUCACUGCUGCGGCCGGUAUCAUUUCGUACCCCUUCGACACCGUCAGACGUCGUAUGAUGAUGCAGUCCGGGCGCAAAGGAGCUGACAUCAUGUACAAGGGCACAAUGGACUGCUGGAAGAAGAUCCUCAAGGACGAGGGAUCAAAGGCCUUCUUCAAGGGAGCCUGGUCCAACGUAAUCAGAGGCAUGGGCGGUGCCUUUGUGCUGGUGCUGUACGACGAGAUCAAGAAAUACACAGUCUAAAACGUUUCUAAUCUCCCAGUCCCAAAGGAAACCCUCUGCUGUGUUUUAAGUCUUAAUUCAUGUGAUAGAGUGAGGAACAGCUUGUGGUGAAUUACAAUGUGGGCAUGUGCUCCCCUGCAGCCGCCCGGAGAAGAAAGGUAUACCUGACCUGGGUUAACGUGCCUCAUCAGACAUCUGUAUAUAUCCCAGCUACCACGCGCCAAAGGGCACAAAUAAACUCCUGUGUGACACAAAGUCAAGCCGGGUGGUUCAGUUGGAGACGUGACAACAAAAGGAGAACGUCACUACGCGCCACACGCUGGUCACGUUAGAGUCAGUUUGUGAAGCAGUUGCUGAGGCCAUUUGUUGUUAUGUUUUGACCACUCUGACCCAUGUAUCCCACCUCAUACAUUAUUUUAUUAACAAUAAAGAUUUAUUAGUCUAAUA